UGUAGGUAGUACAAGAACUGAAAAAUAAUUUUUGGUUGCCAGUAUACCUGUAGUCGUUGCACUGAUCAGUCGAUAGUUUUGUGAUAAAUUAUUUCUCAAGUGAAUUAAAUUAUUAACCAUGGGACGUGAUUCUAGAAAGGUUUCAAGAGAACUUCGGAGUUCUGAAAAAAUUAAUAAGUCGCGUUCAGUCAAAAGAAAGAAUGUUUUUAAUCCGAAAACAGCCGAACGUGAUGAAAGUAUUCAGAGUACAUCUUCUAAAAAAUUAAAACAAAACACUGAAGAUGAUGUACCUGAAGACAGCAGUACUGAAUUUCGAAUAAUAAAUUUUAUUCAGGUAUUCACUGCAAUUUCUGCUCUUAUAAAAUGUAAAAAAUGUGAUGGAAAUGUAGUGUUUCAAACAGCAAGUACACGUGGGCUGGGAUUCAAAAUUGUAGUUGCAUGUAAUAACUGUGGAAAUGAAUAUAUUCCUUCCUGUUCUUUCGUUGGGCAUUCUUAUGAAAUAAACAGACGUUUCAUUUUUGUAAUGAGAAUACUAGGAAUAGGAUACGAAGGAUUGUGCAAGUUUUGCGGCCUGAUGGACAUGCCGUCUUUUUUAGAUAAAUCUACGCAUACAAUUUUACUGAAACAGAUUUUGAAUUGUAGUAAAGCCGUCGCAGAAACCUUCAUGACGAAAGCUGUGAAUGAAGAAAAGCAAGCAAUGCCAACAACUGAAAAUGAAGAUAUAAAUCAUCUAACUGUAUCGGGAGAUGGAACCUGGCAAAAACGGGGAUAUACAUCGUCAUUUGGAGUUUCUUCUAUAAUUGGCUAUUUUACUGGAAAGAUUCUUGACAUAAACAUUAAAAGUGCAUAUUGUAAGCUAUGUGAGUAUUGGAAAAAAAAAACAAAUACUGUUGAGUUCGAGGAAUGGUAUCAAUCGCAUGAAGAUGUGUGUUCUGCUAAUCAUCAAGGGUCUUCUGGGAAAAUGGAGGUGGAUGCGAUGGUCGAAAUGUUUUCGUAUUCUGAAACUAAAUAUGGAGUUAAGUAUGCCAACUAUAUUGGUGAUGGUGACUCCAAGACCUAUUCAGGAAUUAUAAAAUCAGAUCCUUACGAAAAUACAACUGUAAAUAAAAAGGAAUGUAUAGGGCAUGUCCAAAAGCGGAUGGGGAGUCGAUUACGUACGCUGAAGAGUAAACAAAAAGGUCUUGGUGGUCGAGGUAAGCUCACAGGAAAAUUAAUAGACAAACUAACUGUGUACUAUGGUUUAGCAAUACGCCGGCAUUGUGAUUCUAUUGAAAAUAUGAAAUCUGCUAUAAUGGCAACCUUUUAUCACUACGGCUCGAGUGAUGAAAAACCGAAUCAUGAUAUGUGUCCAAAAGGCGAAGAAUCUUGGUGCUCUUACCAGCGCGCUGAAGCAAGAGGAGAGCUUGAUACCUUUUCUCACGAUUAUUCUCCUUUACCUUCUGAUGUUUUAAAAGCUAUCAAGCCUAUAUACGAAGAUCUUAGUAAUGAAAAUUUACUUUCAAGAUGUGUAGGUGGAUUCAAUCAGAAUAAUAAUGAAAGCUUUAACCAACUAGUAUGGAAAAUAUGUCCAAAAACGGUAAAUACUAGUUUUACUAUCGUACAAAUAGCUGCAUACGUUGCUAUGUGUAUAUUUAAUGAGGGUAUAAAUUCAUUAUUAGUCUUGAUGAAUACACUAGGACUUAAUUGUGGGCCUAAUUCUCAUCGGUAUGCAGAAAGAAUGGAUGCUGCACGUAUCAAAGUAGCAGAUAAGCGCGCUAAUGAUAACACCCGAGAAGGUCGAUUGCAACGUAGGCACCAGCAAAUCGAUAUUUUGGAAGCUGCUAUGUCGGCUGAAGAGCUAUUAUAUGGUCCAGGAAUAGAUGACUCAGUAUGAAUCUCCAAGGACUUAUGAUGAUCACCGCAAAGGACUUCGGGAGGAACGGGCUCUACAAAAACAGCGAUAACUUUUUGAAUUAUUAAUUUUUUUUUUUGAAAUUUUCGUGAAGUCAAAUCGAAACGUGUUCUAAUAAAGCUAUGUUUUUAUUUUUGUCAAAUAAAGUAAUUAACUACAAAAAAAAAAUUAUUGAAAAUCAUCAUUUUUUCAUACCCCUGAGUA